ACUAGAGCAUGUUCCCUACAUGACACAUUUUUUUACGUAUAGCUCAACAACAACAACAACAACAACAGAACAACAACAACAUCGUGUGAUUGUGUUUUAGUUACGUACAUUUUUCGGGUCGAAUAUUUAUUAAAACCAUAUGUUUAUGACGCUAUUGGCUCGCCCAUAGAACGUAUUUGUCAUCAUCGAAAAUAUAUACACACGUCGGACUAAACUGUACGACCAAUUUUCAAUGUCAAAUAAUAUUACUGUCCGAAAAAUCCUGUAAAGUGUAGUUCGAAGGGCCGUAAUAAUGUAAUGUGACCACCAAGUGAUUCAUUCGGUUGCAAAUUUUUAUCUACAAAAUGACUAACAGUCCUGGAUUCAAAAAGGCCAGCGAAAGUCUGCACCAAAUAUGGUGGAAUUUUAAAAAUACAAACCAGCUGAAGGGCGCUGUUUACAAUCUGGUUAUUGUUAUUGUGGUGUGUGCAAUAUUGGCUGUAUGUUUCGUGCUCGGACCGUUUCUGAAGCCGCUGUUAUGGUCGUUUCUCAUCGGUGCUGUUCUGUUUCCGUUCAAGAGCACCCUGUCCAGUUGUCUGAAACGGUGGUUCGAGAGAUUGGAACAGAAUGAUCGGCAUCUACUUGUCGGUGUUGCUCUGGCACCGCUGGAAGGAUUGGAGACGUUCGGUGAAUACUUGACUCGAAUGUUUAUUCGUCAUAUGCAGAUGAUUGUUGGUGGUGGCAUUGGAUUGCUUUUGCUCAGUUUGUUCAUUGCCUAUGUGCCAAAAGGAUUCUUCAUCACGUUGUGGCGUUUCAUUCAAUGCGGCCACAUGCUAUUCACCAAAACAUUAAGCUCCAUCGACUACACCAUCGUUCUGGCAGUCGUUAUUGUUUACCUCACCGUACUCGCUUUUCUAUGGAAGAAGGAAAAUUCGUUUUACUUUGUCGUGCUGGGACAGACCCUGUGGGUUGUCAUUGUUGCCUACAUAUGCAGCUUUUUGGGUGCUUUUCAAAUUCCCGUUUUCGUCGCCUCAAUCAUUUAUGCAAUCGUCGGUGUUGUGUACGAUUUCAAAUCACGUACCACGGAAGACGAUUCGUCAAUUGUGGAAAAAAUUGUGAACUUUGUCAAUGUUCAAUCGGCCUAUAAGUCACCGAUAUCAUCACCUGUUGCACCGCCCAGUUCAUCCAGAAGCGAAUUGAUUUCGGAACAGGAUGGUACUGUCGAUUUACCAAAAACUAAGAUCCAUUUAAACGUUCAAACCACGGCGCCUCCGAAUGACGACGAUGAUAAAUCCCAAAGUGAAAUUUACUUCAAGGGACUGUUCCUAGCCAGUAUUGUGACGAUGAUUUACAAGCACACAUGGAUGCUGUUUGUGGCAUUCGUUCCGAUUUUCGUUUAUCUGACGAAACGAUUUGCUCUAGCGUUUGGAUUGGAACAUGUAGUGACUGAAAAGUGGACCGAAUUAACAUCGGGCAUCAAGAACUGGAUCAAUGUUCGAUACUCGGCCAUAUUACCUCUGUGCUUGCCAGGUGUUUUACGACUGAACAACAAAAUUCACAAAACCGUACGAAAUACGAUGAGAGACUCCAUUGACACUGCAUCAUCAAUUUUGGUGAUAAUUUUACUGAUUUUGAUUGCCAUAUUCGCUGGUAUCUUUUGUGCGGUCGAAAUCUACUCAGAGACAAUAACGGUCGUCCAACUGGGGAACGAUGUGUUGAAUUGGACGUAUCACCAUCAACCCGAAUUGAUGGGCAUGUUUCCAGCAGGUGUUACUGAAUCGCUUGACAAUGUGAUCGAAAACGCUUAUCAGUAUGGUCGAACGGGCAUCGAAUCGUAUGUCGACGAGCUACUGAAAGACGCUGAUGUUGAGCAGAAAAAACAUCUGAAGGAUCAACUGCUUGGCAUCUGGGAUCGACUCAUCCAAUAUUGGGUGGAUCGACAGAAGAACAAUUCUUUCCAUGGACCUACUGUACCGGCCUCAGCUAUAAGCGAUUCAAUUGGUGAAAUUGUUAACAAUGAAGAACUUUUUUCAGUGGCUCAACAGGGUCUAAUCGGUUGGGUGAAAAUUAACAUUGGAACGCUAAUGGAAUUAAUGGAUUCGGUUUGGUUGAUUGUUAAAACGAAUUUGAAUAUUUUGACGUCAUUCGUUGGCACGCUACUGUCCAUGUUCCUGGGCGGCGGACAAGCAGUCAUUACGUUCCUAGUGAACGCGAUCAUAUUCCUAACAGCUCUGUUCUACCUACUGAGCAGCAGCGAAGACAAGUACGCUCCAAUGGCAGCAACCAGUUUUCUUGGAUUCUCCUCAUCUGGUCCGAGAAUCGCUGAAGCAAUUGAGGCGAGCAUAUCCAGUGUUUUGUUUGCCAGUGCAAAACUUGCUCUCUUUCAUGGAAUGUUUACAUGGCUGACGCAUACAAUAUUCGGUGCUCGAGUGGUCUUUUUGCCGUCAGUUUUUGCAUCGGUGUUGGCAGCAGUUCCAUUCCUGGGAACGUACUGGUGCAGCAUACCGGCAUUUUUGGACCUCUGGCUAAUUCAGGAUCGUUUUACUCUCGGCAUAAUUCUGCUUUUGAUCCACAUAUUGUUCCCAACAAGUUUCGUCGAUCCAGCUAUCUACGCUGAUGUCAAGGGAGGCGGACACGCAUACUUAACUGGUUUAAGUAUUGCCGGUGGUAUGUACUGGCUGGGCUGGGAAGGAGCCAUUUUCGGUCCGAUUCUACUCUGUCUGCUGGUUGUGAUAUUUAAUUUGACAAGCAAUGCUCUCAAGGAAUCUCCAUCCACACCAAGUUUAAGGAACGCCCCAUCCGAUUUUCGUGUAACGAAACUCGCUUCUGCACCUCAGAAAACCGAUUGAAAACCAAAUGUCUCUGCAUUUCUACUUUUUUAAGUUUUAAUAUUUAAGCUUCUACGCCUUAUUCCAAUUGUAUUUACGCCUUUCCUUCACGGUCGUUUAUAAUAUACUUGACCUAAACUAAUAAAUAGUAGAUUACGUUGGAUGCUGCGAAAGUAAUUCAUUACACAAGGACAUAAUUUUGUGAUACAAUCGAACUCACGAGUGUGUUUUUGAGGAACAAGCGUCGUAAAAGUGAAUUUUGACAAGUGUAUAGUUUGUAUAUCCGAGCCGAAGGCGAGGUAUACAACUACACAUGUCGAAAUUAACUGUUACAAAGCACGUUCAUCAAAAAUACACGAGUGAGUUUGCGAGUCUCACAAAAUUGUGUCCGGGUGUAAUGAAUUACGUCGCAGCAUCCUACGUAUUCUGGUUUAUUGUCGGCUCAUGCGAAAAUUGACUAUUACACGGCUGUUCUGCAAAAAUUCUACACAAAUUCAGUAUCUCAGUAAACAAAAACUAACAAACAAAACAAAAUAAAUCUGUUCUUGCGAUAAAACGUUUACAAACGAAUCCAGUGUAUGUGCGACAAUUCUGUGUGCUUCUAAAUUCUUCUAAAAGUUGGUUGUAACCAGAUUGCUUGCGUAACAAUUUUGUCUCAAAUAAUGUGUUCAUCAGUCAAUAUUUUUACCAAAAAAAUGUUAUUUUAGCGCAUUUUUUCUGCUCGAUUCAUACAAAAGAGUUAAAGUGAAAACAAGGCAAAGUACUCGAAAGAACUGUCAACGUGAAAUAAACCCUAAAUAUCACUAGUGUAAUGGAGAGGGAUUCUUUUGAAAAACAGAAUCUUGAAAUCGUACGCAUUUUCCAUUGGA